AUGAUCGAACUUACCAGAGUUAUUUCAAAUGUAUUAGAUCUCUCGUUGUUGGAUCUGACUUGUUCCGAUGGGGAUACUGGAAACAACGCUCUGUAUGCCGUCACGGUUGCCAGUGGAGACGGUGGGGCAGGUAUCUUCAAGAUGUCCGGACUUCAGCUUCUUACAGACUCUAACCCUGCUGACUAUGAAGCUCUAGAAGCAUCAGGCUACAUGUACACCCUGGUCAUCACAGCAGUGGACAAGCCUGACAAGAGGGGCACCAACACAGGAACAGCAAUUGUAUGGGUUACAGUGACACCUGAAAAUGAGUUUGACCCUGUCUGGACAUCCCCAAGUAAUGGCAUUGGUGCUGUAGAUGUAGAUGAAGACUCAGCUCCAGGUGCAGUCAUAUCAGCUUACCAGGCCACUGACAGUGACUUAGGUGACGAUGGAGAUGUCACCUACAGCAUUGUGUCAGUAGUGAGCGCAUCAGGCGGAGAUGGAUCCGACAAGUUCACAAUAGAUGCUGUAUCAGGAGAGCUGAUGGUGGCUGGAGAGCUUGACGUAGACACUGCUACUAAUGGAGAGGCUAGUUACACUAUCAGUGUUAGGGCUUCAGACAAGGGGGUGACUCCACGCACAGUGGAUGGGAGCAUCACCGUGACGUUGCUGAACACCAAUGACAAUGCACCUACAUUUGACCAGCACACCUUCCAAAAAAGCCUCAGCGAAGACAGUGCUGUGGAUACAGUUGUCAUCACCUUCAACGUCGAGGACAAUGACGGUGAUGCUGUGACAUUGUCUGUAGUCAGUGGACGAGAUGACCUGUUCUCGUGUGAUCGAUAUGACGUCAAGGUCAAGGGUGCGCUGGAUUUUGAAACGGACACAACCCACGUUCUUGUAAUAAGGGCUAACGAUGGUAAAUACGACACUGAUGUAUCACUAGAGAUCAAUGUUUCCGACGUCUCUGACGAAGCACCUGUCAUCACCGUUACAACAAGCUCAAUGGCAGAGGAACAAACGGCAGGGUCAGCAGUGGAUGGAGGAUAUGUUGUCACAGAUGCCGAUGCUAGAGACGUCGUGACGUAUUCUCUGUCUGGUUCCGAUAGUGGCUAUUUCACCAUUGAUUCAACGACGGGAGAGUUAACUGUGGCACAGAAUAUUGACCGAGAUACAGGGAAAAGUGAAGUGUCUCUAACCUUAACUGUCACUGACCAGACUGGACUUACUGCCACCAAGAAUUUCACCAUCCCACUUGUGGACAUAAACGAUCUCCCUCCCGUGUUCAGCCCGACAGAGUAUGCUGUUGAAGUCAUAGAAAAUGCCGCUCCCGACACGUCGUUGUUGGACCUGACAUGCGCGGACGGUGACGAUGGAAACAAUGCAUUAUUUAAUGUCCUUGUUCAACAUGGUGAUGACACAUCUACAAAGUUCAAGAUGAGUGGUCAGCAGCUUCAGACGGAUAACCUGUUGGACUAUGAGUCCGUGGAGUCGUACACCCUGGUCAUCACAGCAGUGGACACACCAGGCCAGGGAGAGGCCAACACGGGGACAGCGAUAGUGAAGGUGACGGUCAAACCAGAGAACGAGUUCGACCCUGUGUGGACAGCACCUGCUUCAGAUGGAAGUGGAACAUUUAGCGGGAUAAGCGUGGAAGAAGACGUUGCUGCUGGUAGUGUUGUGGCGACGUUCUCUGCCACUGAUGAUGACCAUGGGAAUGAUGGUGUCGUCACCUACAGCAUCGUCUCAGUCACUGCAGCUUCAGGUGGAACAGUUACUGAUAAGUUUUCAGUCAUUGGCCACACAGGAGAUUUACUGGUGGCAGGCCCUUUAGACGUUGACGUAGGAACCAACGGGGAGGCGAGUUACACCAUUGUAGUGAAGGCAUCGGACAACGGCGCCACGCCGCGCUCUGUGGAAGGAACCAUCACUGUCUCCCUCGACAACGUCAACGACAACGCUCCAGUGUUUGAUCAGGCAGAGUACCAGACAGAUCUCAGUGAAGACAGUGCUGUGGAUACAGUUGUCAUCACAUUCAACAUUCAGGACCACGACGGUGACGCUGUGACGUUGACAAUCGCAAGUGGACGCGAUGAUCUAUUCAUUUGUGACGGUCAUGACGUCAAGGUCAAGGCUGCUCUGGAUUUCGAAACAGAUACCUUCUAUGUACUUGUAAUUAAGGCUAGUGAUGGAAAGUUUGAUGUCGAGGUCUCACUUCAAGUAGACAUCACUGACGUCAUCGACGAAGCACCUGUUAUCACCAUGGCAACCACAAGUUCCGUAGCAGAGGAACAAACAAUCGGUACUGGAGUAGAUGGAGGGUACAUCAUCACGGAUGCUGAUAAACAGGAUGUCCACUCCUACACUCUCAGUGGAGCUGACAGCGCCUACCUCAGCAUUGAUUCAGCCACAGGUGAGCUGACAGUUGCCCAGAACAUCAACAGAGAAGGGGCCAAUGCUAAAUCAGCCCUGUCCCUCACACUGACCGUCACUGACCAGGCCGGACUCCAGGCCACCCAGGACUUCAUUAUCACAGUUGAAGACAUCAACGACCUCCCGCCAACAUUCAACCCAUCUGUGUACGAGAUCCAGGUCACUGAAAACACUGCUGUUGACUCUGACCUGCUGCAGCUCACCUGCACUGACGAAGACGCUGGCAACAAUGCUGUAUUCACAACGUCAAUAGCCAGCGGGGACGAUACAGUUCGGAAGUUCAAGAUGGCUGAUCUGAAACUACUAUCAGAUUCUAAUGCUGUUGACUUUGAGAGUCUGGAAGCCUCAAACUAUAUGUACACCCUCAUCAUUACUGCAGUAGACACACCCGAUGAUGGCAAUCCCAUGACAGGAACAGCAGUCGUCAAGGUGACUGUUGUACCUGAAAAUGAAUUUGACCCUGUUUGGAUAGCGCCGGCUUCAAGCGGAAGUGGUAGUUUUCAUGACAUUGUCAUAUCUGAAGAUACAGCCGUUGGUUCUGUUCUGACAACAUUUAGCGCUACUGACAAUGACAAGGCAGACGAUGGCCUCAUCACUUACACCAUCACAGGAACAAAUUCAGCUUCUGGAGCUUCUGCUGACAACAUCUUCUCAGUAGACAGCCACACCGGAGAGUUAAUUGUUACGGGACCAUUAGACUACGACACUGGUACCAAUGGUGAGUCCAACUAUACAGUCUCAGUAAAGGCAGCAGACAGUGGAGGUACCCCUAGAGAAAUAGCUGGCACAAUCACCAUAACACUGACCAACGUCAACGACAAUGCCCCUGUCUUUGACCAAAGUGAAUACAACACCAGCGUCGCCGAGGACAGUGAUGUUGGGACAGCUGUGAUUUCCCUCAACAACGUCGACUUUGACGGUGAUGAUGUCACCCUGUCCAUCUCUACUGGUAGGGAUGACCUGUUCGAGUGCGACGGAAACGACAUCGUCGUCAAAGCUACCCUAGAUUUUGAAACAGACAAAGUUCACAUUCUUAUAAUAAGGGCAUCUGAUGGAGUACAUGAAACUGAUGUGACUGUCAAGAUUGACAUAACAGAUGCAACAGACGAGACGCCCGUCAUCACCAUAGCAACCACGUCUUCCAUGGCGGAGGAGCAGACAGUUGGGACUCCUGUAGAGGGAGGUUACGUCGUUACAGAUGCUGAUGAACACGAUGUCCUUACUUAUGUCUUAAGUGGUGUUGAUAGUCCCUACCUUACCAUCGACUCAUCAUCUGGCGACUUGUCAGUUGCUGCCAAUGUUGAUAGAGAAGGAACCAAUGCUAAGACGGAACUGUCUCUCACCUUGACCGUAACUGACCUGGCUGGACUACAAGCAAUACAAGACUUCACGAUCACGGUUGAGGACAUCAAUGAUCAACAUCCAGUUUGUGACCCGUCUGUGUUGGAAGUCGAGGUCACGGAAAAUAUGGCUGGAGAUACCGAGGUCCUGGAUUUUAUAUGUGUUGACAGCGAUAUCGGCAGCAACGCCCAGUUUGGCUUAACCUUAGCGAGUGGGGAUGAUACCCCUAAUAAGUUUAAAGUUUCAAACUCUAAACUCCUCACGGACUCUACUAACCUUGACUACGAGGCUUUAGAAGCACAGUGGACACACCAGACCAGGGGGGAGGCCAACACGGGGACAGCGAUAGUGAAGGUGGCGGUCAAACCAGAGAACGAGUUCGACCCUGUGUGGACAGGACCUGCUUCAGAUGGAAGUGGAACAUUUACGGGAGUGAGUGUUAGUGAGGAUGAAGAACCAGGGUUUGUGAUCACGACUUUCACAGCCACUGAUGACGACCACAGUGACGACGGGGUGGUCACGUACUCAGUUGUCUCCAUCACUGCAGCUUCAGGUGCAUCUGUACCGGACAUAUUCAUCAUAGAUGCCCACACAGGAGAACUCAUUGUGGCUGAUGACUUAGACGUUGACGCAGGAACAAACGGUGAGGCAAGUUACGCCAUUGUAGUGAAGUCAUCGGACAACGGCGCCACGCCACGCUCUGUGGAAGGAACCAUCACUGUCUCCCUCGACAACGUCAACGACAACGCUCCAGUGUUUGAUCAGGCAGAGUACCAGACAGACCUCAGUGAAGACAGUGCUGUUGACAGUGUCGUGAUAACUAUUAACACUGACGAUUUUGAUGGCGAUUCUGUGACACUGUCAAUUACGUCUGGGAGGGAUGACAUAUUCAAGAUUGAUGGAAGUGAUGUGACGGUCAAGGCUGCAUUGGUCGAUUACGAAUCCGCCCAGAGUCAUCUUUUAUACAUCAUGGCGACUGAUGGCACGUUGGAGUCCCGAGUGUCACUGCACCUCACGGUGCUGGACGUGGUAGACGAAGCUCCUGUCAUCGCCAUAGACACCUCAGGAACCAUGUCCGAGGGUCAAGCUAUAGCUACAGGAGUACAAGGAGGGUUUCGUGUCACCGAUCCAGAUCAACAGGAUGUGCUAUUAUUUGCAUUAACAGGUGCAGAUAGUCACUACCUGAAUAUCGACUCCGCAACCGGCGACCUGUCAGUAGCGGAGCAUGUCGACAGAGACGGGGUGGGUGGCGUCACAGAACUGACCGGACUCAUACUGACGGUCACGGACCAAGCCGGGCUCCAGGACACAAAGGACUUUACCGUCACAGUUGUCGACAUCAAUGACCACGCCCCCGUAUUUGACCCAGCAGAAUACAGCAUUGAAAUCACAGAAAAUACUGCUACGGACACUUCCUUGUUGGACUUCGUCUGCUCUGAUGGUGACUCUGGCAACAAUGCUGUCUUUGUCAUGGGUGUUGGAGAUGGGGACGAUUCUCGGACAAAGUUCAAGAUAUCUGGUCAGCAACUCCAGACGGACGUUAACCUCGUCGACUACGAUAGUCUAGAAGCAUCAGGCUACAUGUACACCCUGGUCAUCACAGCAGUGGACACACCAGACCAGGGGGAGGCCAACACGGGGACAGCGAUAGUGAAGGUGACGGUCAAACCAGAGAACGAGUUCGACCCUGUGUGGACAGGACCUGCUUCAGAUGGAAGUGGAACAUUCGUCGCCAUCUCCGUGAAAGAGGAUCUAGCUCCUGGCGAUGUUGCAGUGACUUUCACUGCUGUUGAUGACGAUCUCGGCAAUGAUGGAGAUGUUUCAUACAGUAUUGUGUCUGUAACCGCUGCGACAGGAAGGUUGUUGGUGGCAGGCAAACUUGACGUGGAUUCCGCUACUGGAGGGGUGUCCAGCUACACAGUCGUGGUCAAGGCUUCGGACAAUGGUCAGACACCGCGUGAGACACAGGGAACCAUUACUGUAUCGCUAGAGAAUGUCAACGACAUCGCACCUGUGUUUGACCAGACUGAUUUCGAAACAUCCGUCGAUGAAGACGCAGCUGUAGACGUUGUGGUGAUGUCUCUUGCAGUUGUUGACCACGAUGGUGACGCUGUGACGUUGUCUAUCGCCAGUGGACGAGAUGAUCUGUUCCUGUGUGACGGAUAUGACGUAAAAGUGAAGGCCGCUCUGAAUUUCGAGGAGGAAGCUAUUCAUAUCUUAGUCGUACGUGCAUCUGAUGGCACUUUCACCACGGAUUUCACCGUGCACGUCAGCGUCAAUGACGUCAUAGAUGAAGCUCCUGUGAUAACCUUGGAAGGGACAGCGUCGAUGGCGGAAGGCCAGGUUGUGGGGACAGGGGUGGAUGGAGAGUAUGCCGCCACGGAUGCUGAUGCUGGAGACACACUUACUUUCUCCCUCAGUGGUACGGACAGUGGCUACUUGUCCAUAGACCCAGCCACUGGCGAGCUCUCUGUUAACCAGACCGUUGACAGGGAGGGAGCUGAUGGGAAAACUGCGCUGUCCCUCACACUGACCGUUACUGACCAGGCCGGACUCCAGGCCACCAAGGACUUCACCAUCACAGUAGAGGACAUCAAUGAUCUACCUCCUGUGUGCGAUCCAGCUGUCUUCGUAACGGAAGUCACAGAAAACACUGCAGAAGAUGCUGUCCUACUUGUCCUGACGUGCACUGACGAUGACGACGGUAACAACGCCAUUUUCAGGGUGUCCAUAGGCAGCGGAGAUGACACGGACCCCAAGUUCAAGAUGUCUGGAAAGCAGUUAUUGACGAGCAGCACCCCGUUAGACUACGAGUCGUUGAAGGACAAUGACUACAUGUACACCUUGGUCAUCACGGCAGUGGACACACCAGACCAGGGGGAAGCCAACACGGGGACAGCGAUAGUGAAGGUGACGGUCAAACCAGAGAACGAGUUCGACCCUGUGUGGAGUGACCCGUUACCGGACGCCAAUGGUUACUUCAAUGACGUCACAGUUGACGAAGACGCUGCUCCGGGGACGGCAAUAACGACAGUGACGGCGACUGAUGACGAUCAGGCCGACGACGGAGUGGUUGUGUAUGAGAUUACUUCAAUUACAGUUGAUGACGGAUCCGACGCUCUGGGGACAUUUGUCAUCGGUUACGACACAGGCGACCUUCAAGUCAAGUCUGGACUUGAUGCUGAGGGCGGCAUCACCCGCUACGACAUUUCAAUCCGCGCCGUAGACCUCGGCACCGCUCCAAAAGACGUGACUGCCUCAGUUAAAGUAUACGUCAACAACGUGAACGACAUGGCUCCAGUGUUCUCAGACACAAAGUACCAAAUAGUGGUGUACGAAAACGUCACCACCGAUUCCGCCAUCUUUACGUUAGCGGCGACCGAUCCUGAUGGAGACGAUGUCACGUUUGCGUUAGAAGGCACUAGUGACCUGUUCGAGGUUCGAGGAGAGGAGGUUAUUAUUCUGAAAACAUUAGAUUUUGAGACUGACAGAUACCACUCCACCAUCAUUAGCGCUGGUGACGGUAUUCACACCACCUACGUAUCAUUCGUCGUAAAUGUCGGUAACGUCAUGGACGAGCCGCCCUCCAUCACGGCGCCGGGUUUCUCCAUACCAGAGGGGCAGCUCAUUGGCACCGUGCUUGGAGAUGUCUUCAUUAUCGAUGACCCUGACCUCGGAGACGUUUUCAAGUACACCCUUUCCGGUACUAAUGCACAUAUGCUGUCCGUCAAUGAAGACACAGGAGAGUUAUCUAUUAAUGAGUCCAUCGAUUACGAAGGCGGCAUGACUGUGCUUGAAGACGUGACCUUGACCGUGACAGAUCAAGGGGGACAAUCAACUAACUCGGAUCUUCGGUUUCCCAUCUGGGAUAUUAACGACAACGCGCCACUGUUUGCCAAUCUGUCGUACACUGCAUCUGUUACAGAAGGUGACUUGGGCGGUAUGUAUACGUCCCAGAAAGCCUCCUCAUACCGUGUAUUUGUCAAGCGGUACUGGUUGCCGUAG